AUGUCUGAAACAUGGAAUAUCAGUGGUAUAUGCCGCUGUUGCCACUCUCAUGGCACAUUUAAUAAUCUUGAGGAGUUGUGCUUAUAUGAUGAAAAAGGAGAAACUUAUUCCAAUAAGUUGCAAAAUACGUUGAGUGUUACGUUAUGUCAAGUUGGAGACACUUUAAAGUCCUUCUACAGUAUUUGUGAUGUAUGUAUACCAAGACUGCGAGAUGCUGAGCUGUUUAGAUUACAAAUAUUAAGAUGUGAAGAUCAAUUUUUACAGUAUUACAAUGAUUAUUACAUUAAAGAAACUAAAGAAGAACCUUUGGAUGAAGUAACUUCAGUAAAUAAUGAAGAGACAGAUGAAAAAUUACUACUAGAGGACACUUUCUCAGACAUAGAUGACCAGCCAUUGGCUACCUUACAGAGUCAAGAUACUAAACCUGAUAUUAACUGGGUAACACCUCCAGUGAUGGAUUGUGACAUCAAACCUUUGAAGCAAGAGUCUAAGAAAUACACCUGUGAUGUAUGUCAAAAGAAAUUCACGUACCACGGUUCGCUAGAAAUGCACAUACAAACGCACAAAUUCGAGAAAACCUACCCAUGUCUUAUAUGCAAAGCGAUAUUUAAGAAAAAUAAAGAUUUAAUAAUACAUAUAAGUGAGAAUCACGAAGAUAACGGUUAUGCGUGUAACUUAUGCGAAAGUAAUUUCGAUGAUCCACGGUUAUUGAAAAAACACUUUUCGAUACAUCUAGUGAAGUUUAAAUGUGAAUUUUGUGAGAAGGAGUUUUCUAAGAAGAAAGGUCUUAAAGAACAUUUAAAAGUGCACACGAGGGAAAAGAAAUACAAAUGCGAUAUUUGUCACAAAUGCUUUGGACAUAAUCAGACUUUGAAAUCGCAUAUUUUGACGCAUACUGGUGAGCGUCCCUACGUGUGUGAUAUAUGCGGGCGUCGAUUCCCGCAACGCACACAUCUAAAACGCCAUAUACACAUUAUACACACAGGCAUAAAACCGCACACGUGCACAUCUUGCAACAAGAAAUUUUCCAGCAAAAGCUAUUUGUUAAUACACCAACGGCAGCACACAGGCGAAAAACCCUUUAAAUGUGACGUUUGUAAUAAAAACUUUAGGGCGUAUACAACUUUGAAAGUACAUAUGAGGGUACACACAGGUUUUAAACCAUAUCUAUGCACGUUCUGCGAUAGGCAGUUCGCGCAAAUGGCCAGUUUUAAACUCCACGAAAGGACGCACACGGGUGAACGGCCGUUCAGUUGUAAAAUAUGUAAAAAAUCCUUUUCAGAUAAUGGUUAUUUGAAAAUUCAUAUGCGCAUUCAUACUGGAGACAAGCCGUUCGAUUGUGAUAUUUGUAAGCGAUCUUUUAGAGAAACGGGACAAUUAAAACGCCAUAUGCGUGUACAUACAGGUGUUAAACCCUAUACAUGUAAAGUAUGCAAUAAGCAAAUUGGCAAUUUAUCGAAACAUAUGAGGGUACACGACGAAAAGUAUUUGAAUGAAUUCGCAAAUGGGAAGUUAAAAAUACACUUGCGGGUACAUAGUUCUAAGUAUUGUGAUGUAUGUAAUAGUAAUUUCACGGAAAUCAGUGAUUUGAAACGGCAUAAAUGUAAAAAUGAUGUGUGA